ACAAGAUGUCGUCGGUGGGGAAGGUGACGCAGGUGCAGAGUGGGAACGUCUACCAGCAGCUCUUCCAGGCCCAGGUGCAGCUGGUCCAAUCCCUGGCAGCCACGAGGAAGCGGGCAGCAGAGCGUUCGGUGACCCCAAAGAAUUUUGCCGGGACAUGCUGCCUGAAGAAGGCGGACGUGCCCGAAGGACAGAUACCUCCCAGGCAGCAGAAGCGGAAGCCCAGCCUGCCCUGUGGCCGGGUCACGGAAAAACCCAUUCUCUCCAGGAAAAAGGACACGGGCAAGAAGGAAAGAGCCCCAGAGAGUGAGAGCGCGGUCGCGGCCCGUGAAGUACGGGGCCUCCUGGACAGCAUCGUUCCGGAGAAGGCCAGCACCACGGUCCCGCAGGUGCGAGAGGACCCCAAGCAGAAGAGAUACGAGAGCUGCCUGGCCAACUUUCAGGAGGAGAUCGCGCAGAUCGGAAUGGAAAUGGAACCUCUCAUCUUGGAGACAGGGGGAUGCUUUCUGAAAAAGCUCUCCGAAUCUGAUGAAGGCAUCGACCGUCUCUUCACAAAGGUGGAAAACGACAUCGACUUCGAGAACUACUCCUUCCAAAAGCUGUGGGAGCUGUGGGAGAAGGUAGCUGCAAUGUUCCUGACCCAGAAGCAAGGGAUCAAGGAGCUGGACGAGGCCUUGCACUUGCUGGAGUUCUCCAGGGCAGACAAACUGAAAAGCGUGCUGACCAAGUACGUGGAGAUCAUAGAGAAGACGUCCUACCUCAUGAAGUCGGACGUGCAAAGGCUGAUAGACCAAGAGGCCAUGGUCAUGAACCAUGCCCUGCUGGGCAACCGGAGGGCCAUUUCCCAGCUGUUCGUCAACCUGAUGGAGGCCACCCUGCAGCAGGAGCUGAACAGCCGCCACCGCUGGCAGGGCCUGGUGGACGCCUGGAAAGGUCUCAAGAAGGAGGCCAUGCUGCAGGAAUUCAGCGAGUUCAUGGCCAGUGACAGUGUCCAGGCUCCCCCGGCCGUGAAGAAGGAGUUGGAGGACCUGCUGGCGACCCAGGACGUGCUGCAGAAAAGGCGGCUGGAGCACCUCUGCUCCAUCUGUGACCUCCUGCCCCCCAAUUACAGCAAGGCCCAGCUGAGUGAGUGGCACACUUCUCUCAACUCCCUGAACAAGCAGCUGGACACCUACCACACGGACUGCGGGAUGCGGCUCCGCCUGCUCUACGAGAAGGCCUGGCAGGAGUGCCUGGCUCGCGUGCAGGAUUGCAAGAAGCAGCUGCUGGACUGGAAAGCCUUCAGUGAGGCGGAGGCAGAGAGCGUGGUGAGCCCAGCCUUCUUCCAGAUGGUGGGCGCUCUCCAGAGCAAGGUGGAGAAGAAGCUGGAGCUCUUGGACAAAUCCUUCGAGGCCCUGGCACAGCAGACUGAGCGGCAGAGCGCUGACCUCUUCAACUACUUCCAAGAGGCCGUGCAGCUGUGGGAGGCGUGCCAGAGCAUGCUGCUGAUGCAGGAGGUGGAGCUGGCCAAGAGGAUGGAGCAGCACCGGCAGAAGCACAGCCAGGACAUCCAGACCCAGGAGGCUCACCUCGAUAGGCUCUUGGACCAGCUGAGGCAGCAAAGCCAUGAAGAAACACUGAAGUUAUACCUGGAGAAGGCCAGGCACUUUCUGAAGAACAUGAAGUCCAGGUAUGAGUGUUUUCACAGCCUCCUGACAGAGGAAGUGAUGGAGUACCCAGGGAUCAUACUGAAAGAGCUCAACUCCUACAGCGCCACCCUCAGCCAACACUUCUUCGUGCGUGAAAUCUUUGAACAGAACUUGGCUGGGGAAGUCAUUUUCAAGUUCAGGGAACCAGAAGCCCACGAAAAGUUCUUCAUGCAAAGGAUGAGGAAACCGUGGAUAAAGCAAAAGGCCAGAGUGGAAAUGAGCGGAGGGGAGGAGAGCCUAAGCCAAGCGGCCAGUUCCGUGAGGCCCACGGAAGAGAUGGGCGAGGAGGGCCCGGAGGUGGAGUCCUCCACCACGGAGGAGGCGGCGAGCCCGCAGGAGAAGUCAGUCCUGAGCGACGCCCUGGACGAGUCCGGGGACGACUCGGUGAAAGAGGCGGAAGAAACGCCGCUUGAAAGGGAGGGCACCGCAGAGCCACCCCCAGGCCAGGAAAAGAAGGAGGAAGAGCCAGACGACGACGAGGAGGAGGAGGAGGAGGAAGAGGAGGAGGAGGAGGAGGUGGAGGAGGAGGAGAACGAAGACGAGGGCAAAAAGGAGGACCGGGCUCAGGAGGAGCAGGAGAGUUUAUCCAUGGAUGAGGCUGAAGACAAAGAAGGGAGUGUGGAGCUGUCCUAUGAAAACCUGGAGUCCUUCACCACGUCCAGUGGGAACACAUACUGCGUCUUCGUGUCCCUGGAGGAGGAAGAGGAGAGUGGCCAGAAGCCCCACGCCAACUUCCUGGCCAGGCUCAUCAACGACACGUCCAGGACCAAGUUCAUAGAACAAGUGAUCAUCCCAUCCAGACUAAUCUUGGAGAUUAAGAAACAACUUCGAACCGGCUUCUUUGAGCACCUUGAGAAGUGGUUUGACCAAUGCUCCCUCCAAGCCCAGGUCAUGGUGGCCACCAAGAUUGAUGAGCUGGAUUCAGAACUGGAGCUGCGCCUGCACCUGCACCAGCCAAGAAUGCAGCACAUCGAAAAGGACAUCCACAACGUCAGGGCAGCCGAGCUGUCGCUUCACCGAGAGCGGCUGAAUCGCCACUGCGCAGGGAUCAUGGAGACGCUGAAGAAGGAGAAUCUCAUGUUCUUCCAGUUCCAAGAGGAGCAAAACACGCGGAGCAAAAUCUUCCGCCGCAAGAUCUAUGACAUGGAGUACAUCUUCCUGAACGCCAACAGGAGCCAAAAGCUGGUCGCCCUCAGCAGCACUCUGCACCGGGAGCUGCUGAGCUACGUCGACGUCAUCCAGGUGUCCCUGCGCAGCUUCCGGCAGUACCUGGAGGAGAACCUGGGCAAACUGCGCUGCACCAACAUCGAGUUCAUCAAGCACUGCAGAUUGUUCUCAGAGGGCGGAAACUUCUCUUCUGAAGAAAUUGACUUACUGUUUCAUCGGCUGCAGAAGGAGGCUGCCCGCAUAGAGUUUGUUGAAAGUUUAAUUGUGAUCAACAUGGAGAAGAUGGAGAGCGAGUAUCUGGACCAGGCCAAUGAUGUCAUCAACAAGUUUGAAAGCAAAUUCCAUAACCUGUCUGUGGACCUUAUUUUCGUGGAGAAAAUCCAGCGGUUGAUGACGAAUCUGCAGGUGAACAUCAAGUGCCAGGUGGCAAAAUCCAAUUCGCAAACAGAUAGAUUAAAUUACUGCCUGGAACAGCUGCAAUGCAAGAUAGACAGUUGUUGGGACUCCAAGGGAGACAAAACAAUGGUGACUACAGAAGACCUGCUUGGCUUUAUCCAAACUUGGAAAGAAAAGGUGGGCCAGAGGAUCAGGUACCUCAAGUGCAGCCCGGACACGGUGUCUGUGACGCACGUGGCCUUCACCGACACGGACAUGACCAACGUGGAGAUGGACAGCGACGUCCAGAUGUCUUCUGAAGCUCAUGAAGAGGAGGCCAAGGUGGAGGGGGUCACCCCCGAGUCCUUUGCACAGCCCAGUCGCAUGGGAAAGCCCAUGAUCGAAGACCCCGCGGUGGAGGUGGUCAAGAAGAUCCUGCAACUUUCCAGCAUAAAAUCCGCACACCAGUGCGACAAAGAUCGGUCCCAGACAGGUUUGAAGCGACAUAGGGGCAGGAACGAGCACCCCAUGAAGAAGGCCUUGUCCAUCGCCAGCGCCACCUCGCUAGGGAGCAUCACCCGGCACUCCAAGCCCAACAAAAUGGACAAGAAGUACCAGAUACUGGGAGACAAGCCUCCGCCUCUGGCCGAGGACUUUAAAGGGAUCAUCUUGAAUCUCCUCUGGGAAAGCAAUGAGCACCUGCUGACUAUUGUGGAGGAGUUUUACAGAAAGGAGAAGCGUGCGCUCACCAGGCCUGACUGCGUGUUUGAGAACUUUGACCAGUGCGCUGAGAACAUCAACAGGAAGAUCCUGGAGUAUCAGAGCCAGACGGAUGAGUACCACAACUCCUGCCUCGUGGAGUUAAGAGUGCAACUGAAGAGAUUUGAGGAGCUGCUGCCUCAGGUCUGUUGGCUGGUGAUGGAGAAUUUCAAAGAGCAGCACUGGCAAAAGUUUUGCACGUCCAUAAAUGAGCUCCAGGUCAAGUUCAAGGAGCAGCAGAAGCUGCUGGAGAAAAGGAAGGAUGAAAACGCCCAGAAGCUCCAUCCAAACCUUGGACAUCCCACGCUGUUCCAAGAAAUGGAGUUUCUGCACAUGAUAGAAAAGAAACGGCAGGAUGAGCUGGACUUCGCCAUUAGGAUGACGAGGGAUAGGCUCGAGGACUGCGCCCGGAAGUGCAGCCGCAUUUUCAUUACCAACUUGGCCACCUUCACAGAGAAGUUCCUUCUGCAGUUGGAUGAAGUGAUCACCAUGGAUGACAUCCAGGUUGCAAAGAUGGAGCACCCCAGGCAGAAAACGUCCAUCCUCAUACGGAGGAAGCUGGCUGGGCUCCCGCUGGAGGAGGAGAGUGAGAAGCCCCUGACUGAGCGAGGGAGCAGGAAGUGGCCAGGAAUCAAGCCCACGAAAGUCACCAUCCAAAACAAGAUUCUCUCUCGGAAGACGCCCUCGAUAACCACCAACAAAACCACGCUGGGCCACCUGGCGGCCGUGGAAGCCCGAGAUGCUGUGUACCUGAAGUACCUGGCGCUGUUUGAGGAGGAGCUGAGGAAGAUGCAGGCCGAGCACCUGCGCCAGGUGAAGGAGGCCCAGCGCUGGAAGGAGAGCUGGAAGCGCUCCCUGAGCACCAUCCGGGGCCUGUACUUGUGA